AGUGGUUGAACACAGCACAUGUCUAAGUAUGCAGUCGGCUAAUGUGCUUCUGAAAAAAAUUGUAAGAUGUUCUGUCCUUCCAUUUGCUGCACAACAUGGGAUGAAAAAGGAUUUGUUUCCACUCAGUAGAACUCUGAGUUUAUCACUUUGCCUGAAGCAGGACAAUUCAUGCAAUCCCUCAGAAAAACUAGAUUUAGAUGCAUGGAAGAAGGUCAUGAAGUCUGGGUUGCAAGAAGUCAGUGAGACUGUCUCUGAGCACAAGGAGCUUUCCACUUUGGCUGCUGCACGUGAGAUUUUGGAAAUGUGGAGACUAGCCGGCAGAUCGGUUCCAGAAAAUAUCAGUGAAGAACAGCUAAAAAUCUUUAUGGAAUGUCCUUCCAAGUCAGCCAAAAAGAAGUAUUUAAAAUACUUGCAUCUGAAAGAACUUUACAAGAAAAAUGACAAAAGAAAGAUGGAUGAGAAAAGGCAAAGGAGGCUGGAAACAGCUUCAAAAACUGAUGAGACUAGAAGGAAUUCAUUUGUAUGUUUGUGGGCCAACGGUAUGGAUAGAGCAUACAGCUGGAGGGUUGCUCAGUCCAUGAUCUUUGGCCAACCUCUAGUAUUUGACAUGUCUUACGAAAAAGAUAUGUCCGUCCGAGAAGUUGCAAAUACAGUAAGACAGAUAGUAUUAAGCGAAUCGUGCAAUCGAAGAUCUGUGGAUCCGUUCCACAUCCACUUCUGUAACUUCAAAGACGACAGCCUCUAUCAUAAGGAAUUUAUGAAGCAUUAUAGAGAGGCGUGGGGCAAGCUGCUUAUCACUGUGACAGACCAGUGCUACACAGAUGUCUUUCCAAAGGAUAAGCUUAUCUAUCUGACUGCUGAUUCUCCCAAAGUAAUGAAAACAUUCGAUCACGAUAAAAUCUAUAUUGUCGGGUCAAUGGUUGACAGGAGCAUAAAAACAGGAGUCUCUUUAGCACAGGCAAAGCGACUGGGGCUGGAGACCGCAGCCCUUCCAUUGGAGAAGUACUUGCUUUGGAAUACUGGUGCCAAAAAUCUCACGCUGGAUCAAAUGAUGCAUAUUUUGUUAACCUUGAAAGAUACUGGAGACUGGAAGAAGGCUCUGGAAUAUGUUCCAAAAAGGAAAUAUUGUGGCUUUGUAAGCAAGCCUGUGCAUGAACUGAAAAAAACCUUAAACCUGAUCAACACACUUAAACUUGGAAAGAGACAGGAAGAAGUACGAAAGCAAUUUGCCAAGAACUACUCUAAGAGGCUAAUGCAAAAGUAGAGUGAUGGGGAAGAGCAUGAUUUAUUACGAGCAAACUGUGCCCUUGAAUGCUCCGGUUUCUCGGGACUUCUGGAAUUGUAUUCGGCUAUUUAUCUCU